AUGAACAGGCUGACGGCCAGGGUGGUCCCCUCCCUGUCUACUCUGCCAGACGGGCAGAGAUGUGAGGGACCUGAAGCUGGCAUUUCCAUGGCGGAGGGCGCGGCUCAUCACGCAGGGAGCUGCUGCCCUCGAUGGCCACUGCAGGUGAUGCGGCGGGUGGCAUGGGGUCUGCUGUUGGGGCCCUCGGUGGCCCUGUCCUGGGUCGGCUGCACACGGAGCGCCAGGGCAGCCUUGCAGAGAUGGCACGCGCCCUUCUUCAUCACCUGCUUCUGCUGUGCGGGGAACUUGCUGCUCUUCCCACUCUACUAUCUGGGCCAGCUUGUAGGCGUGGAGAAGAGGCAGAGCCCCACAGCAUCCUUCAGGCAGUGCAGCGCUUUCCUGGGGGAGGAGGGUGUGAACCUGCGUGCGAUGCUCCGGACUGGGGCCCCCUUCUCCGUGCUCUGGAGCCUCUCCUGCUAUUUGUACCUGCUGGCUCUCCGCCGCAUCUCCGCCAGCGAUGCCAGUGCCAUCCUGUGCUGCAGCCGCGCCUUCACCUUCCUGCUCUCCUGGAUCGGCCUAAGGGACACCUUCAUGGGAGUGAGAAUAGUAGGGACAAUCCUCUCCGUCACCGGAAUUGUCAUGAUGGCCUAUGCGGAUGGUUUCCAUGGCGACUCCAUCACGGGCGUGGCCCUGGCGGUGGGGUCUGCGUGUGCCUCAGCUCUCUUCAAGGUUCUCCUUAGGAGGCGUGUGGGGGAGGAGCAGCCAGGGGGCGCCAGCGUGCUGCUGUCCUGCGUGGGGCUGUGCGGCGCCUGCCUGCAGUCCUGGCUCUGCGGGCUGCUCUACCUGAUGGGCGUGGAGGACUGGCCAGCCACUCAGGACGCGGCCUGGGGAGAGCUGUGCCUUGCGAGCCUGCUGUCGCUCUCCUUCACUGCCGCCGUGACUCUGGGAAGGUCGCUCUCCCACCCGGCCCUCAUCGCACUCGGUAUCCUGAUGAGCAUCCCGGCCAGCACAGCCGCAGAUUUCUACCUGAGUGCAUCGCCUCAGCUCAGCCAAGUCAGACUGGCAGCAGCCAGUACCAUUGGAGUAGGGUACCUCCUGCUGCUCUUCCCUGAGAACUGGGAUGAGAGCGCCCUCCGGUGGCUCGGAGGUCUUUGGCAGGGCAGGUGGCGAGAAGAUACUGGAGAGGAGGUUGACCCAGGGACUGUGUCCCACGCUAAGGCAAAACCUGCUGGUGUGGCGGCUCCGCUGUAA